AUCCCUGGCUUCAUGUGCCAGGGUGGUGACUUCACGCGCCACAACGGCACUGGAGGCAAAUCCAUCUAUGGGGAGAAGUUCCCCGAUGAGAACUUCAUCCUGAAGCACACAGGGCCUGGAAUCCUCUCCAUGGCCAACGCUGGUCCCAACACAAAUGGCUCCCAGUUCUUCAUCUGCACUGCCAAGACUGAGUGGUUGGAUGGCAAACACGUGGUGUUCGGCCGCGUGAAGGAGGGCAUGAACGUGGUGGAGGCCAUGGAGCGCUGCGGCUCCAAGGACGGCAAGACCAGCAAGAAGAUCACCAUCACCGACUGUGGGCAGCUCUCAUAG